AUGGGUUCAGUAGAUGGUCUCCCCCAAACAGAAGGCAUCCCGAUAUACGAGCUUCAAGCGCCGAAACCAGGUGUGGCUUGGGAGACUAUGGGCUUCACACCCUCCGAAGUCAACGGGCACAUUGAGUGCCAAUAUCACGCGAAGUCAGGCGCCUGGGGCGAGCCGGUGGUGGUGGCAGAUGCCCAUGUCAAGGUCCACGGGCUGUCGCCCUCGCUCAACUACGGGCAGCAGGCCUUCGAGGGCCUCCGCGUCCAUCGCGACCAGUCCGGGCGGAUCAGGCUGUUCCGCAUGGCAGCGCACGCAGCCCGGUUCGCGCGGUCGACCUCUGCGGUUGACAUACCCAACGUCCCGGCGGCGCUGUUCGCGCGGGCGGUGCGCCUCGCCGUCGCGGUCAACAGCGAGUUCGUGCCGCCGUUCGAGGGCGGCUGCUCCAUGUACGUGCGCCCGCUCGCAUACGCACCGGGCCCCAUCAUGAACAUGCAUGCGCCCGACCACUUCGUCUUCUGCGUCUUCGUGACGCCCGUCUCCAGGCUUUACAGCCCCGUUGGCCUGCGGGCCCUCGUCAUUGAUGACUUCGGGCGCACCGCGCCCCGCGGCACCGGCGCCGUCAAGGUUGGGGGCAACUAUGGUGCCACGCUGCCCAUCAUGCACCGGGCCCGCAAGAGGGGGUACAACCUCACCCUGCAUCUCGACUCCUCCACCAACAGCUUCAUCCACGAGUUCUCCGCCAGCGGCUUCAUCGGCAUCCGCCGUGAGCAGGAUGGCUCUCAUGUAGUCGUUAUUCCCAAGGACUCGGACAUCCUGCCGAGUAUCACUGUCGACAGCACAGCUGUGAUAGCGACGUCGCUGGGAUGGAAGGUCGAGCGUCGACAGAUUCCGGUCACUGAGUUGGCUGAGUUCUCCGAAGUCUUCACUGUCGGGACGGCCUCGUCGCUUGUCACCGUGCGCGAGAUCACACGUGAGUCCACAGGCGAGAACUUCCAGUACAAUGUCAACCAGAAUUCUCCGGACUCGGCCUGUUACAAGUUGAUGGACAGGCUAGAGGGAAUCAAGCGGAGUAUCUAUCCAGAGCCGUGGGGCUGGCUGGAGACCAUUGACCAGGAUACCCUGUUGACCGAUGCAAAGGGCGUGGCGCGUAAGAGCCAUGACUGA